AAGAAAGAGAGACUCUCAAGAAUCCCCCCCCUUUUUCUCGGCCGAUGUCUAAAACCAUAUAUAUACCACCACCUCAUAGAACAAUCCUUUGAGAAAGAUACUUUGGAAGUAGCGUCGUCUUGCGAACCUAAAGCACUUCGGAUAAGUAAUCACUAUUCGUAAGUGCAGUGCACGGAAAACUGAAAAGGCAAAGGAACACGAAAAGAUAAAUGAUCACCACGCAGCACGAUACUGCGGACUAAGGGGACCAGCUUUUUCGAAAAGAUGAUUUCGAGGUAUCAAGUACUCUGCGCUCUUUUGCUUUUUGGCGCGGUUAUAAUCUAUCAAACAAUGGCGCAAGUGGACGGUUACACACCUGGCGUGGACUAUCCAAUUUACAAUUCGGUGCCGUUCGGACUCACGUUUACCUGUGGAGGAAAGUUACCUGGAUAUUAUGCCGAUCCUGAAGCCAGAUGUCAGGUGUGGCAUUGGUGCUUACCAAAUGGACGUCAGUUUAGCUUCCUCUGCCCAAAUGGUACAGUCUUUAGUCAAACGACUCGCGUUUGUGACUGGUGGUUCAAGGUCGAUUGCAACGAUUCACCGAGACUUUACGGCAACAACGACGAGCUCUAUAGAGAUGUGAAUGGGAACAAGAUUUAACAACUCCUAUAUUUUAAUUAAUAGUUGAUUGUGUACAUUAAUAAACUCUUUUAUACAUAAUUUUUUCGCGAACGCAACGCUAUCCGAAAUACUAUUUGUAGUCUACAAAGUAUCGAAGUACUACGUACUGAAUUCCUAGCUUGCCGAUGCAGGAAAGUAACAAGGAUGUCUGCUUUAUUUAUCGCUGUUAAAUAAAAUAGAAUUUGCUCGAAAA